AUCGCAAACCCGUAUAAUACCCGUAUCUUAAAAUCAUUUCCCCGUCACUUCAGUGCCAGCAUCGUAUGCAUAUUUCAUACGAAAAUAGGACUUGAGUCGUCUUAUUGUGUUAUAAAUAUUCCAUCUAUCUUAUCUGCGGGGGUUCCCACUCCUAUCCCUUGUUCGUAUCAGCUACGUAUAUUCGCUUAGCCCACUCCGAUAUAAAAUGUCCACAACAACAGUAAUAGAGACGAGGAAGGCUUCUGGCGCAGAACCAGUGCUGGGUAAACAGGUACGCUACGUUGCAGCCGGGCAUGUGCCCCAGACAAGUCCGCACAAUUUCCAUCUUCCUGCCCUCACAGACUUUGGUGAUGAACGCUUCCUUCCUCUUCAUAGUGUGCGUCCUCUUCCUAAGGUCUCCGAAUUAUCACAAUAUGUCGACCAUGCUCAGCUCCACACUCAUGGGUUCACUGCUGUUCAUCACCCUACUCCAUUUCAUGCAUCGUCCUACAACUCGCAGUCUUUCAAGGAUCCCCAGCUCCUUAGGCAGUACCUCAUACCUCAUACGGCUGAGAUGAUGAAACAAAUUACUGGAUGUAAGACUGUCAUAACGGAAUCCUUUUUACUAAGAACCUCUACCUGGACCGAAAAAGAUUCCCUAGCCACUCAUGGAGAGGAAGUGGACGAAGCUUCCGAGCUGGAAACCGGUUUUCCGCAGUUCAUCGGAUUCAAUCCCAAAUAUGGCGGCGCAAGCCCAGCUUCCAAGAUCCACCUGGACUUUUCGCCAAACGGCGCGCGAACUCACAUUCGGAAGUUUCACCCAGACCUCGCCAAAUCUGCAACCGAUAUCAUACAGCAUGAAGACUCGUUGCUUAAGGAUGGGAAAGAUUUGAAAGAGAGUUACAAGGACUGUGGGGGUCCUCGAUGGGCACUUUAUUCAAUAUGGAGACCCCUGAAGAUUGUGGACCGGGACCCACUAGCAGUAAUAGGCCAAGGAAGCUUUAGUAAAGAAGACUGUGUGCCUGUUGACAUCUAUUUCCCAUGUUUAGGGAUGGGCACGAAUGAGAGACACCUCUCCGAAAGUCUUGUAAUCCGAUACUCCGAGAACCACAAGUGGCACUGGAUAGAUAAACAGACUCCUGAGGAGGUAUUAAUUCUGAGGUUCUUCGACAGUGACGCAGAAGGAGGUUUUGUUGCUGGAGGCGGAUCGUUCCAUUCUAGCCUAGAACUUCCUGGUACGGAGAAUGAAGCACCUCGAGAAUCUCUAGAGAUCAGGUGUCUCUGUAUUUGGUAAUUGCGGUAGGCUUGGUAUAGGUUAGGUAAACAAUAGGAGGUAGAUUCUAAUACAUCUUUCCAGAAAUACGUAAGCAACAGAAAGUAAACAUUUAUCGUGAAUCUUUCGUAUUAAAAAC